CUGCUCAGAAGCGUGUUCUUUCCGGCCUGGCUUCUGUGGGCAGCCGCACCCACAGCCACGCCUCUGCGCUCAUGAUCGCACUCAGCUGGGUGCUCUCUGCACUCAUCGCCCUGGCUCCGCUGCUCUUUGGCUGGGGAGAGGCCUAUGACGCUGAGCUCCAGCGCUGCCAGGUAAGCCAGGAAUCCUCCUACGCCGUCAUCACCUGCGGAACCUUCUACCUGCCGCUUGGCGUGGUGCUGUUUGUCUACUGGAAGAUCUACAAGACAGCCAAGUUUCGCUUCGGACGCCAUCGCAGGGCUGUGCUGCCGUUGCCCCCCACCGAGCAGGGUUUGAUCGCUUGGACUUCCUCUGGUGACUUGUUGAUGGUCUGCUCUGAGGGAACUGGUGAAGGAGGCACCUCAGGAGGCUGAAAUGAUGUUCAUCAUGCAUCGCCCAAUGGUGGCCUUUCAGGCGAGUGGGGACUUGUUGCGGGAGGAGAAGCGGCCGGCCCUGACGGUGGGCAUCUUCAUUGGUGUGUUUGCGCUAUGCUGGACCCCCUUCUUCCUGACGGAGCUCACCAGCCCCCUCUGUGCGUGCAGCCUACCCCCCAUCUAGAAAAGCAUAUUCCUGUGGCUUGGCUACUCCAAUUCUUUCUUCAACCCCGAUUUACACAGCGUUUAACAAGAACUACAACAAUGCCUUCAAAAACCUCUUUACCGAGCAGAGAUAAACACAGGGCUUGGAGAGACUUGCAUGGAGAGUUGUGGGGAGCAAACUUGUAUUUCUGCCCUUCACCAGUCCUCCUGGAGCCUUCCUUCUCUCACAGCUGAGUAUCAAUGACAUUGAGAACCACAGCACUGGGCCUGGACUGUAGAGCAGCAGUGCCAAAGGCUCUCAAGAAAGAUAGCAAAUGUGUGGCAUGUGCGCUGUGAUACCCAUUCCCGUGUAUGUGGCAGACAUUGCUAAUCAAUCACAGCAUGUUUCCUCACUGAGUGGGAACUCAGCUUCAGAGUCUGUUCCAGACAGCACUUUAGGCAGUGACUAAUUGUCUGGAAUUCUCACAAGAGUCAAAGUUGAUUUGCCUUUCCUUUGUCUAAUACCAUAUUUGUCAGACAUUUGUGGCCCACUCAGGAGACUGUCUCCUUUGUGAAACAGUCCGUCCUCAACACUUUAUCGACCCGAUAGAACCCAUCUUCCCUGAAAGUACAUCCCAAUUUGCAGGAUGAAGAUCAUCUCAAGUUUUGUUUUAAAAAAGUGUUCAGUGAAACCCACAUCUACUGAAUUGAAUUUUCAAAGAAGAGGUCUGGUAAUUUGUAUACAGUAAGUCACUGAACAUUCGGGUUGCAAACAAAUCGUGGAAGUAGCUCACGUGUCUGCCGGGCAUUGUCACAGUUGUACUGCUGUGUGCUCACUGUACAGUGCGAUAGUGUACAGUAGUACAGUGCUCAAUCAGAGCCCAGGAUGUCCAGAAGCAAGAGGAAAAGCAGUGGUGAUGUGCAGGGGCCUGCUAGGAAGCGUCUAAAAUGUAUACAACUCACUUUGUCAGAUUUAUGAACGAAUCUGACUUACAAAUAUUCUCCCGGAACGGAACUCGUUCAUAAGUUAUGGACUUACUGUAUUAAGUUCUCUGGAGACUUUUUUUUUUGUGAGAGACUGCUGGAUGCUUAGGUUGACUUUUAGACCAAUUAAAUGGGCAUUUCUGGGGGGGUGAGACCCAAACAGCAGUGCUUUUUAGGGCCCUCCAGGUGAUUCCAGUGUGAGCCAUCGUCAAGAAUCCCUGGAGAGAUGUUUCUCUGCUUCUGGACCACAAGGAGAGCAGCUGUGAAGAAUUUCCCCAUUACUUCACCAUACUGACUUGUAUAUGUGUAAUAAAAAUACU